UCCGUAGGAUCCAGGGAGCUAGCCGCCUGCCGAUCUCCAACACAGAUUGUCACCCACAGGGCAAGGAACACUGUGUCAAAACUGCUCCCCUUCCUUAUGACUGUGUGCACUUAUUUUGUGCUGUGGAUUCCACUCUCGGAGCCAGACUGGUACAAUGCCCUGAUUAAGUGUUUGCCUAUUGUAAGCCUGAUCUACUUUGUUCUCGUCUAUUCCGUCGGUGUGGGCAAGUUCAGCCCCUAUGCUAAGAUAAUCUUCCUGGGACUAGUCUUUUCUGCUGCUGGAGAUAUUAGCCUGGUUUGGCCAGAGUAUUUUCAACUGGGUAUGGUCAUGUUUGGAUUGGCGCAUAUCAUGUACACGACUGCAUUUGGCUUCCACCCUCUGAAUCUCCGAAUCUUCAUUGUUAUUGCCAUGUUUGGGGUCAGUUUUUACUCUCUGACUUUCCAGUACCUUGGUGGACCUUUUGUGUAUAUGGUAGCGGGAUACACUAUGCUUAUUUGCAUUAUGACAUGGAGGGCACUUUCGAGGGUCAACUUGGCCUCUUCCAAGUUCUCCUGGGCACAGGUCUCUGCAGCUGUGGGAUCUAUUUCUUUUAUGAUUUCUGACUGUGUACUGGCUGUUGAUAAAUUCUGCUUCCCUCUUUCCAAUUCUCGGGCGAUUAUCAUGUCAACAUAUUAUGGUGCCCAGAUGCUGAUCGCUCUCUCCAUCACUGGCUGGUCCAGAGAAGACUUUAUGUGGAAAUCGAAAUAACGUCUAUACAGAAUGUAUUCCUCAUAUAUGAUCAGUUAGGAUGGCCUCCAAUCACAUACGGCUGUAUUUUUAAGUAAUAUGUAAACAAUGUAAGUAUGUAUACUAUUAAAGGGGUUUCUCAUGAACACAAUUUUUUGGACCCCUUUCCAUCACAGCAAUUUUUUUUCACUUUUGUAUUUUUUAUCCUCGCCUUUCUAAGAUCCAUAUCUGUUUUAUUUUUGCAUCAACAUAACCAUAUUAGGGCUUAUUUUUUUGUUGUUUGACAAGUUGUAUUUUUCAAUGGCACUCUUUCCUUUACCAUAUAAUGCAUUGUAUACAAA